AUGCGCCGGUGGGGCCUAUACUCCUUGCAGUGCCUCUGCGCAUGCCUUUUGAGCGUUUCCAAACAGGCGGCGCACGCGCCGUCUCCACCCACCGCUUCCGCUCCCUCGUCGCCGUCACCGUCGUCGUCGUUGGAGCCGGAGAGGCCGCAAAACAAGGCGAGCAGGGCGAGGACGGUGACGCAGGCGGCCACGCGUGCGCCACGCACAAAGCUCGACCUGCCUGCAGCAUAUUCCUCUUUCCGCGCCAUCGCCUCCAUUGGUGACGUUCGGGAGCAAUACGGCUACUUAGGUCCCGGCGAGCGGGCUGCGCAGGCGCGGGUGCGGGUUGCGGGGCGCGUCACAGGCCUGCGGGAUAUGGGGAAAAUGUUGUUUCUUACAAUUAGCUCGGACGGAAGGGAGCUGCAGGUGGUGGGACAGGUGGGCGAGCACUUCACACGUGAGGAGUUGAAGAAUUUGAAGGUGUCGUUGCGGGUUGGCGACAUCAUUGGGGUGGAGGGUGUUCCGUGCCGCAUGCAGCGCGGCGAACUCUCCGUGGCCGCCUCCCGCGUUCUCGUCUUGAGCCCCUACGUUUGCACCGACCAGGUGGUCUGCCCCAACCUGCGCGGCUUCACCGUGCUGCAGGACAACGAUGUGCGGUAUCGCUACCGUUUUGUGGACAUGAUGACUAACCCUUGCGUCCUUGCGACAAUAAGGAAGCGGCAUGUGAUGCUGCAGGCGCUGCGCGAGUACCUAAACGAGCGCAACUUUGUGGAGGUGGAGACCCCGGUGCUGCACACGGUGGCCUCGGGCGCAAACGCCAAACCGUUCGUGACGCACCACAAUGCGAACGGGACGGAUUUGUUUCUGCGCGUCGCCCCAGAGCUGCACUUGAAGCAGUGCAUCGUUGGUGGAAUGGAGCGCGUCUACGAGAUUGGAAAAGUCUUUCGCAACGAGGACGCCGAUCGAACCCAUAACCCCGAGUUCACAAGCUGCGAGUUUUACGCCGCGUACCACACGUACGAGGAUCUCAUGCCUAUGACCGAAGACAUUUUUCGUCGCCUGGCGACGCGCGUCAACGGGACGAUGGUGGUGCGACUUCCGCCCGACGGCGUCCACGACGGGCCUCCCGUCGAGGUGGACAUGGGCAGCCCCUUCCGGCGUCUGAGCGUCUACGACGAGGUGCAGCGCGUGUCUGGGGUGGAACUCCCGCCGCCAGGCGAGCUGAACACACCGAAGGGCAUCGCCUACAUGUCCGUGCUCAUGCUGCGCCACAACAUUCCUUUGCCGCCCGUACGAACAGCCGCGAAGCUGUUUGACAAACUCAUUGACUUCUUUGUCACCGACCGCAUUGUGGAGCCGACGUUUGUGAUGGACCACCCGCUGUUUAUGAGCCCCCUCGCGAAGGAGCACGCGUCACGGCCUGGGCUGGCCGAACGCUUUGAGCUCUUCAUUAACGGGAUGGAGUACUGCAACGCCUACAGCGAGCUUAACGACCCUCAGGAGCAGUACCAGCGUUUCCAGCAACAGUUAGUGGAUCGACAAGGGGGAGACGAGGAGGCCAUGGCGUUGGACGAGACGUUUCUGAAGUCGCUUCAGGUCGGCCUUCCUCCGACCGCGGGAUGGGGCAUGGGCGUCGAUCGCGCCUUGAUGCUGCUCACAAAUUCUGGCACCAUCCGCGAUGGCAUCAUCUUCCCGCUACUACGCGAAGACGUCCGCUCCCAUGAUUCCAAGCGGCGUCACAAAACGGCCUCGUUUUUUGACUUCAACAAACAGAUGACACUCUUUUGCCUUAGUGGCUUGGAGCAGGAGUUGAAGCGAAAUGGCCUCUCGGACGACGCCUGCGCCCACCUCCGUGAACUGCGAAAGACCAUCGUGGAGUUGGGGAACCGCGGCGGGGCACACGGUCUCCCCAUGACAGGCGCGCGUUUGCCCGAGUGGCGACUAACGCUGCUGUUGUCAAUCAUUCGUUUUAUGUGCGGCCCACAUCGGCGGUGA